AGAUGAAGAGUUUUAUGCAUUUCUUGGCCCUUGCGGCGGCGGUAUCUUGCGUCGUCGGCCAGAUAAUCGACUACCCAGAUUUGCGGUACCUCAAGGCGUACACGUCUACCGAUCCUCAUGCAACUCCCGCUCACGAGUUCCUCGACUCCUGCCCUGACCUCGGCGUCCUCGGCCUGGAUAAUGUCAUCAAACGAGUCUGCUUAACCGGACAUUGGCUCCUGUACUCUUCAAUCUCUUACGCUGGUAACGGGACCCGAUAUCGCGGUAUCAACACCUGCUACAACUUGUCUACCUCUACAUCUAUAUCUUCUCUCCGGUACGCGGGCAGCCCAUAUGGCAUUGACGACGUCUAUUUCAACCUUUACAAUACAUCGGAUUAUGGAGGAAACGAAUUUAAGGGCAACACAAAUACUGAAACCGUCGUGGCGUUGGACAUGGAAGUUUCCUCCUUGAUUAUCAGUGGACAAUCGCCGUGGACUUUCUUCACGGGCCUCAAGUUCACCGGCCAGUCCGCGUGCGUUCAUCCCAUCUACAGCUAUUCCAACAACGGCAUUUCUAUGCACUAUUACUACGAAUUAUCGAUCACAAAUCUGGGCUUGCCUGACAACUCGAUCAGGUCGGUGGCGAGAGGCUGCCUUAGCAACAACGUCUAUAGGAACGAACUCCAACAAUUCCAGCAGCGGCCGCAAGAAGAUAUCGAAAAGACCAUACGUCGAGAGGACUGAUAUAUUGUGCACACAAAUUAUCAGUAAUUUUAUUGGGUCAUGAACAAUGCUUUUGAAUUGAAUUAAAACCAAAAAUCUUCUUGUUUUAUUACCUGUAAGAAGCAGACCAUGAAGCUGUUAGAAUAAUUGUCGAGAUUCAAUUUUAUUGUUGCUCUGACCUAGCUCCGCCACGGCUGAUCAUUGACGAAUUGCUAGCUUGAUAAGAAAAUGUUCGUUCCAAUAAUUGAACAAGUAUUAAUCUAGAAUAAUGUCCUAAUAGGCAAUUAUAUUUCACUUGGAUUCAUAGUCAUCCAUUUCAAAGUGGUCGAAUCACCAAAGGAAUACGAAGUUUUUAUCAAUUUGGAAUGGUUUAUUAGAGAUUGUGACCAAAAGUUUCAAAAUCUAAA